CCUGGGAAGGGCUGGUACACAAUACGUCCAUGACUACAAUGAUAACAGAGAAAGAAAUUAAGAGGAGGAGAAAAUGUUGUGAUAAGCAUAAGAGCAGGUGUACAAGGUAUCGACUAAGAAUCGAAAAAGAGACAAAAGCAAGAGCAAGAGCACAACAAGAAGAGUGUCAAACAAGGAUACCUUUGUACAACUUAUUUCAUCAUGGAAGGAAUUAAUUUACCUUUGUCAGUCAGUCGACCAGAGGUGUUUGAUUUUGAAGGCAUCUCUAUGAUCCAUUACUUCACUGACAACUGGGAGAACAUUCAGAACUUCCAGGCAAGACCGGAUGACAUCCUUAUCGCCACUUAUCCCAAAGCAGGAACCACAUGGGUGUCCUACAUUUUGGACCUGCUCUACUUUAGCAAAUUGGGACCAGAGCGUCAGACCUCACUGCCCAUCUUCUUACGAGUACCUUUCCUUGAUGGGGCCUUUCCUGGGCUGCCUACAGGGGUGGAACUGGCAGACAAGUUGCCCACCAUUCCACGCCUUAUCAAAACCCAUCUUCCUGUUCAGCUAGUGCCCAAAUCAUUCUGGGAACAGAACUGCAGGGUUAUCUACACAGCCCGCAAUGCAAAAGACAAUGCUGUGUCUUAUUAUCACUUUAACCGGAUGAACAUGGGACAGCCUGAUCCAGGAGACUGGAGCACUUUUCUACAGACGUUCAUCGACGGAAAGACUGUGUUUGGUCCUUGGUAUGAUCACGUGUGUGGAUACUGGGAGAAGAAGCAGACGCACUCAAACAUUCACUACAUGUUCUUUGAGGAUAUGGUGGAGGACACUGGGCGUGAGGUAGAGCGUUUGUGCUCCUUCCUUGGUUUAUCUACAUCAGCUAAGGAGAGGGAGAGAAUUACGAAAGGUACUCAGUUUGAUGCCAUGAAGCAGAAUAAGAUGACCAACUAUUCUACAGUCCCUGUCAUGGACUCCAAGAUCUCACCGUUCAUGCGUAAAGGGAAAGUUGGGGACUGGAAGAAUCACUUCACAGUGGCUCAGAAUAAACAGUUUGAUGAACACUACAAACAGAAGAUGAAGACCACCACCCUCCGAUUCCGAACAGAGAUUAUAAAAAACAUGAAGACAGGCCAAAGAUCAGCUGUGACAAAAGUGCACGAGUGGAGCAAGGGAAAAGAGUCCCAGACAAGAUAUCGAGGGAGAACCAAAACAGAGAAACGAGAGGAGCACAAUAAAAAGAGGACCAGACAAGGACCCUUUUGUACUACUAACUUCAUCAUGGAAGGACCUGAAAUACCUCUGUCAUUAAGUCGAGCAGAGCUGAUCGAUUUUGAAGGCAUCUCUAUGAUCCAUUACUUCACUGUCAACUGGGAGAAUAUUAAGAACUUUCAAGCCAGACCAGAAGACAUCCUUAUUGCCACUUAUCCCAAAGCAGGGACUACCUGGGGGUCCUAUAUUUUGGACCUGCUCUACUUUGGCAAUACAGCGCCAGAACGUCAGGCUUCUCUACCCAUCUACUUGCGAGUACCUUUUCUUGAGGCAACCUUCCCUGGGAUGCCAUCAGGGGUGGAGCUGGCAGACAAGUUGCCCACCACUCCACGCCUCAUCAAAACCCAUCUUCCAGUUCAGCUGGUGCCCAAGUCUUUCUGGGAACAGAAUUGCAAGGUUGUCUAUGUAGCUCGCAAUGCCAAAGACAACGCUGUAUCUUAUUAUCACUUUGACCGGAUGAACAUGGUAGCACCGGAGCCAGGAGACUGGAACACUUAUGUUCAGAAGUUCAUGAAUGGAAAGACCAUGUUUGGUCCUUGGUAUGAUCACGUGUGUGGAUACUGGGAGAAGAAGCAGACGUACUCAAACAUUCACUACAUGUUCUUUGAGGAUAUGGUGGAGGACACUGGGCGUGAAGUGGAGCGCCUGUGCUCUUUCCUUGGUUUAUCUACACCAAUAGAAGAGAGGGAGAGAAUUACGAAUGGUGUUCAAUUUGAUGCCAUGAAACAGAACAAUAUGACCAACUACUCUACAAUCCCACUCAUGGACUUCAAGGUCUCACCGUUCAUGAGAAAAGGGAAAGUUGGGGACUGGAAGAACCACUUCACUGUGGCUCAGAAUGAGCAGUUUGAUGAACACUACAAACAGAAGAUGAAGAGCACCACCCUCCGAUUCCGAACAGAGAUUUAAAGAUCUAAUAUGUUACUUAU